AUGCAUCUGUCCUGGAUCCUGUUGCUGACCUCGGUGUGUGUGCUGUGUGGUGAGGUUGUGUCUUGCGCUCUGUGGCAGUUCGGUGAAAUGAUCACCUGCACGCAGCCCAAAGUGAAUCCGUUCAUUUACAACAACUACGGCUGUUACUGUGGGUUUUCUGGAUCUGGCUCUCCUCGAGACCAAAUCGAUCAGUGCUGUGUGGUGCAUGAUAAGUGCUAUGAGAAUGCUAGGAAACUUCCAGAAUGUUUUGGUUUCCUCAACCUGCCAUACUUCAAAGUGUACAACUUCAGCUACUCUGUUAAAAAUAUCUCUUGUUCAGCCUCCAAUGAUAAAUGCCAGGCUACGGUGUGCGAGUGUGACCGAGUCGCUGCGAACUGCUUCGCUCUGUAUCGACACACUUACAACCACAACUACAAACACCUUCCAAAAGAAGAGUGCGAGAAAUAAGAGAUGUCUGGCCUGGAGACUAAACACCACACCGACUGCGUCUCCAUCAACUAAACACCACACUGACUCUGUCUCCACCAUGUAAACACCAUACUCACUCUGUCCACUUCAACUAAACACUUCACUCUCUGUCUAAAUCACCAAAUACCCACUACACUGACUCACUCAUCCUCAACUAAACACCACAUCGACUCCACUUAAUCAACUAAACACCACCGUAAUCCAUCAGUAAACACCAUAAUCCUACCAAACACUCCGUCUCCGUCAGCUACACAUGGCACAGACUCCAUUUACAUGAACUAAAGAAUAAAACAACCUUUUUGA